CACUCAGUUAACAAAAUAAGAAACAAGAUUUCACUAGUUUAUCCAGUCGAUUCACAUCGGACCUGCUACCUGUAUAAUAAAUUAAUGAAAAUGUCCAUUACACUGAGUGCGUUACUGGUCGUUGCCAUAGCAACCGUGGAGACAUUCGCCUACGUCAACGACUGGGACCAGCCGUUUGAUUUCAGAUGUCCGUCUGGUCAGGCCAUCAGCUACAUCUCUAGUAUCCAUAGCAACCGUCACGAGGACAGGAGGUGGGAGUUUUUGUGUCGGAGUGUGGGAGCUACACACUCUUGUGAAGACAGCGGUUACGUGAACGACUUUGACCAAGCACUGGCCUACACAUGUCCAGGUGACAAAGUCAUGACAGGCGUGGCCAGUUACCAUAACAACCGUCACGAAGACCGCCGGUUCAGAUUCCAGUGCUGCAACAUCUCCGGCAAAACGCCGCGCAACUGCUACGUCACCGGUGACGUCAACACCUGGGAUGGCAAGCUGACCUUGAACGUGGCGGAGGGCAGCGUGGUCAAGGGCGCUUUCAGUCACCAUAACAACCGUCGGGAAGACAGACUUUGGAGAUACAGCAUCUGUAGUAUUUAAAAAACGAUGUGUUGUGAAGAUAGAGCAUCUGUAGCAUUUAGAUUUAAGGCGCGUUUGCUCUCUGAGAACUUUGUAAAUGUCCGGAUGUAUUUUAUGUUUAUUUUACGUUAUACUUUAUAACUACAAAUAUAACGCUCAGGAACCAAACGGAAUAAAUACAGUUAUACUUUUAAAACUA